AGGCGCAGCGGCGGCCCCGGGCGUGAGUGUGUGAGUGUGUGUGUGUGUGUGUGUGUAUAUACAUACAUAUAUAUAUUUAGACACAUAUGCACGGCGUUCCGCGGCAGCGCGGAGGCGGCGCACGGCAUUAGAGGGCGCCGGAAGUGUCCUUGCGGAGGGGUGGCUAAAGGAGAGGAGCGGCGGAGGCAAGCCAGUCAGUCGAGCAAGGCACAGCAGCGAGACUCGUGUGCCCGCCGCGUCCCGAGUACUCCGGCCCGGCCCAGCCGGGCGCGUUCUCUCUUCGGACAGACAUGGACUUCAGGGAAAUCCUCCUGAUCGCUUCCAAAGGACAAGGUGUCAACCAUGUACCGAAAAGGUAUAGCUUGGCAGUGGGACCUCCCAAGAAAGACCCAAAAGUUAAAGGUGUUCAGUCGGCAGCUGUGCAAGCUUUCCUGAGGAGGAAAGAAGAGGAACUCAGACAGAAAGCCUUAGAAGAGAAAAGGAGGAAAGAAGAACUAGUGAGAAAACGAAUCGAGCUCAAGCACGACAAGAAAGCCAGAGCCAUGGCCAAGAGGACAAAGGACAAUUUUCAUGGGUACGAUGGGAUUCCCAUCGAGGAAAAGUCAAAGAAGAGGCAGACAGUGGAAAGCCACCUGAACCAGGGGACUCACCAAGACUUUGAAGUGGAGGAGGAGGACUUCCUAGACUAUGGUCAAGCUGAGUUGGAGCAGGAGUACGAGGAGGAGCAAGAGCCUCCCAAAGCUGAGAGCAAACCAAAGGCCCCCCUUAAAAGUGCCCCUCCCCCUAUGAACUUCAGUGACUUACUGAGGCUAGCCGAGAAGAAGCAGUUCGAGCCCGUGGAGAUCAAGGUCGUGAAGAAAGCAGAAGAGCGGCCCAUGACCGCGGAGGAGCUUAGGGAGCGAGAGUUUCUUGAACGAAAGCGUAGGAAAAUGAAACAUGAAGCGGAUGCCAAACUACCUCCCCCCGUGUCCAAAAGGGCACCACCCCCUCAUAAAGACAGCGUGGGCACAAAGCUCAGCAAGGCUUCUGGGGACAGGCAGCUCUUCUCCAAAGGGCUGCCCCUUCCUCACGCUGAGAAGAAACUCAGACCCAGCACAGCCAACGAAAAGCAAGUAGCUUUGUCCUCAUCCAAAUCCGUGCUGGGAGACAGGACCAAGGCGGGGUCUGGAAGUAGCUCCCAACCCUCGCUUAGGGAAGGUCACAACAGACCUGUCUUCAACGGGACUGGAAAGUCCCACCCCAGCACCUGUUCACCAAGCACCCCAAAGACUUCUGUCAGUGGGACUCAGAAAUCCUCUUCUGAGCACAAAGCCAAAAAAACUCCUCCUUCUCACCCCAGCCAUUCCAAGCCUGGGCCCACAGUUCUCUCUCACAACAAAGCUAAGAGUCCAGGUGUCAGACCGCCAGCCAGCAACUCUGGCCCAGCUCCUGGGCGACCCAGCCCAGGCCCAGCUCCUGGGCGACCCAGCCCAGGUUCUGGCGCUGUGCCUAGGCGUCAGAACGGCAGCUCCAGCUCCGGGCCUGAGCAGGCUGCCAGUGGGGUCAGAAAGCUGAUCAGCAAUUCACACCCCUCUGUGCGAACAGUCAAUGGCACAAACGGUCCCGGGCGGCCUGCAAACAGCACUCCUGGCCCUGGGCGGCCCAUCAAUGGCCCCAGUGGUUCUGGAAGGCCUACGAGCAGUUCUGGAGUCCCCGGGCGGCCUGGAAACAGUCCACGCGACAUUCGACGGCCAGUGAGCAGCCUCGGCUCCCCUGGACAGUCAGUCAGUGGUCCUGGGAAGUCCACGAGUGGUCCUGUUGCGGCUGGGCGAACUGCCGGGUCGGGUCCUGGAAGACCCACGAGCAGCCUAGGACCUGAACGAACAGUUGGUAACCCGGGCCUUCCCACAAAACCCAAGUGCACUGUCGUCUCAGAAACUAUUUCUUCAAAGAAUAUUAUCAGUCGGUCAAGCAAUGGACAGAUAAAUGGAACGAAGCCUUUCCUGUCUGGCUACAGAUCUGCCCAAGGUCCUCAAAGGCUCCCCUUCCCUACUGGCUACAAAAGACCUCGAGAGUAUGAAGAUGAUGAUGAUGAUGAUGAAUAUGACUCGGAAAUGGAUGAUUUCAUUGAAGAUGAAGGAGAACCUCAGGAAGAAAUAUCCAAGCACAUUCGGGAAAUCUUUGGCUAUGACCGAAAAAAGUAUAAAGAUGAAAGUGAUUAUGCCUUACGUUACAUGGAGAGCAGCUGGAAAGAGCAGCAGAAGGAGGAGGCCAAGAGUUUAAGACUAGGUAUGCAAGAGGACUUAGAGGAAAUGAGGCGUGAAGAGGAAGAAAUGAAACGUCGGAAGGCCAAGAAACUCAAGCGACAUUAGCUGCUGCUGAGUCUGGAUUCUGGGACACUGCUGCAAGGCUUUCCUGCCUUCAGACUGAACAAGCCCCUUAUCGGUUUGGAUUUACAUGUGGCUUUCCUGCCUUCAGACUGAACAAGCCCCUUAUCUGUUUGGAUUUACGUGUGGAUUUCCUGCCUUCAGACUGAACAAGCCCCUUAUCAGUUUGGAUUUACAUGUAGGCACUCGCGGAAGGAAUGAAGGAAUGCAUACUGUCGUUUCCAGCUAUUAUUUGAGUGUACAGUGUUUUCAAAUAGUCCAGGUGGAAUCUAUAAUGCAGACGAUACGAUGCUUGCCGUGCGCUCUGAUGAAGUUAACCAUUCACAGGGCUGGCUUUGAUCCUGAUGAGCUAUGCACGCUAAUGUGGGGCCACUCACCAGUCAGCUGGUCUUUUAUUGUUCCUUUGCCACUUUAAAAGGAGAAAAAGAUUGUUGUGUGACUUGUCAGUCAGACUUGUCCUUAGGAAGGGCCUGACCCUUGUGUGAAUGCUGCCAGCAAUAAAGCGACCUGUCCCAGACUGUUUGAAUUGAAAACCCAGGAAAGAGUAGGCUUUAUAGUUAUUUAUAUGGUUGUCAUCCUUGUGACUUUGACAUACAAAAUAGAAUUAUAUUGUACUCAGCAUUAUUUGUGGAUUGGAUGCUAAGCAUUCUUAAUUUAUAUGAUUAGGUAAUAAAAUUUUUCUAAGUUAAAAUACAAAUUUUGCCAGAACAAGAAAUAAUUCUUUUCUAGUUUUCCUUUCAGGCUUUCUGUCACAUUUGACCUUAGUAUGAAGUGGAUGAGGGCCCUUACUAUUUGUUGUUUUUGUUUUUGUCUUUUUUUAUUUCUUUUUAUAUGAAAAAGAUAGUUAUUCAGACAUUAGAUUUGAAAGAAUGGUAGUUUGAAAAUCAACAAGUGAUAUGUGUUGUGGCCCCCUGUGCUUUAUUCCCUCCUUUAUAAAAGAUAAUUUGGGACCCUAAGGUGCCCCUAUACCUCUUGAUGUUAACAACAUUGCAUUUUUAGCUUAAAUUUCUUAGAAAAUGUUAAUGACCAAAAAACCAAAAACUAAAUAUUUAGUGUAUCAAGAAUACCACCUUCCCUUCUGUCUGUAUUGCACUUUUAUUUCUAACUAUGCACUGUGACGAGAUAUUUUUUCCUGUUGUUGGUGUUUUACUGAGCUGUGAAACUUUCUUAAGUUCUAUCCUUCCUAACGUCAGACCUUAUAGAGUUUGUCACUUAAGCCUAGAGUCCAUCCAGGCUGAUCUAGGGUCUGGCUGGAAGGAAGCCAUGUCUCAAGGACAGUCAGCAACAGAAAAUGAAAUAGGAUGCGAGAGACCCGAGGGUUAGGAGCAGUCAGAAUUCAGUUUGUGGACAAUUCCACCAUUAAUCUGGCUGUCUUCAGCUGUUAAGCCAUGAGAGAUGGGGCGCUGGAACUCUUACUUUUCUACAGGUCCAGACUCCAUGUAUUUUGUCUAUGAUGUCCUCAUUCUUUAAGCUUGAGUAUUAUGAGUGACAAUUUUUAGUCUGCUUUUGUGGGACCAUUUGACCCAGUUCUUAAAACUUGCUCAUUUUGAAUUGAGUUUCAAACUUUGAAAGUACAAGGAUUGAAUUUUAGAGGGUAUAAUAUCCUAACUCUGCUUGCAGAUUUCUAUACACUGGCAGCAGAAAGCCAUCGACUUCCCUUACUCCACUGUUAAAGGGAGUAAGAUAUUCCACUUGAUAAAGUAGGUUUGGAACAUUAUUUUAUUGCUGUCACUCGGGUGUUUUCCCCUCCAUGAUUUUUCUUGGAUAACCUUUUAUCGUUAUUCAUACUCUGGAAUCUAUAAUUGCAGUCCAGGUUUCUGGUGACUGAAAGUACUGUACUCAAUGACAGGGUGCAGCUGUUUGCACAAAAAGGAGCCAUCGUGCUAGAUUACAAUUUCAGAAGCUGGUGAAAAUCAGGUUAUAAUGUCUGUCGUGUCUGAAUGCGUUUCUGUAACAGAUAUGCAUCAAUAUUCGUGUUGGAAAAAAAACUGCAGGAAAGAAAGAUUGUAAGUCCAAAUCGUGUCUUCCACUUUGCUCUUCUGUAUCUCCUGACCACUUAGAAAAGCUCACAGGUCUGUGAAAAGACAGGAGCAGGCUAUUUUCCCAAGGUUUACAAAUUAAGUGCUUGAUUUUUAAUGUAUGCUCUCUACUGUUUUGAUUUUGAUUCAAUGUUUGAAGAUGUGCCUUUUAUUGGGUGACGUUAAUUCUCGAAUGUAGUAAUGUUUCACAAUUGUAAUGUUACAUGAUCAUGGGUGUGGCAUUCUCUAACAAAUUAUGUGACAAGAAAGUAGUUUUCAUAAAACUUGUGGCUCUGGUUGCACAGUCCCACUUGCUAAAGCAAAGGGCACUUUCUUUUAAGGCUACUUCAGAAACUGGUCUUUGUACUUUCCUUAUGCAAUGGAUGCAGUCAUGUCCACAUGUCAUGGGCAGCCCUGUGCGUGCCAUGAGAAAGUUCAAAGACUGUUAACAGAAAGUCUAAGGGAACUUGAAUUUCAUUUUUGUAAUGGUAACCCCCCCCAGAUUUUCUCCAAGAAAUAAAUUAUUUUGUAUUUUAUAACUUAAAAGCAGCUAGUAGUACAUUUCUGAGAUAUAGCAGGAGACCAAAACAUUUUUGGAAAGAGAAUAAAUAUAUGAAGAGAGACUGGUUGUUUUAUUUUCAGUGUGCUGAGUAGACUAUUUAUUUUGUGAGUGGAUGUGAUGAAAUACAUAUUCAGGUGUUUAGUGUAUGAUUAAGAGUGGAAUAUAAAUUUCUUUGGAGUUAUUAAACCCACGAUGUCUUUUACAUAAUGGACAAAUCAAAUGUAAAAGAAGAAAAUUUUGACAUAGCUUAGCUUGUUUUCUGGUGCUGUUGACCUGCAGAAGAAUAUACUUUUGCAAAUACAGGUGAAUGUUUUGCAAUUUAUGUAUACAAGAAAUUGUAGGCAUUAAAAUAUUUUAUUGAUA